AGAUUGCUGAGGUACGCAGUUUACAGAUAGAUUAAUCAGAUGAGCCCAGCCUCUGUGGUUUCCUGGAGUCUAGUUUCAGGCUAUAAAACCUUCUUGGGAGCAAGAGACCCCAGUAGCAGCCCAACCUCCAAGGGAUCCACUGAAGCCAAGAACGCUACGAUGAAGCACGUGCAGAAACUCCUGCUCUCUCUGCUGCUGGUGACAUAUCCUCCGGCUAUCACCAAUUAUUUCUGGAAUCGGAUUGAGGGAAGAGCCGAAGCCAAGGCCCACUCCAGACCCUACAUGGCCUAUCUGCAGGGAAAGAACAACCGCUUCUGUGGAGGCUUCCUGGUGGCCCCGAGUUGGGUGAUGACAGCGGCUCAGUGUUUCAACCACAAACCUCUGUCGGUCAUCCUGGGAGCCCACAACAUCCAGAAGAAAGAGGAGAGCUGGCAAACAUUUGAAGUCCAAAAGUAUCACCGCCACCCAGACUUCACAAAUCCUCAGAAGGGGAAGGACAUCCUCCUGCUGUCCCUGGAGCACCUGCAUGGCACUGCCAUCAGCAAUAACUAUGUUAAGACCAUUUCCUUCCAAAAACAAAAAGCCCUUGGAGGGCCUGUAUGCAGCAUAGCUGGCUGGGGCCACGAGACGCCUGCUGCGAUGCUCCAUGAAGCCAACGUCACCAUCCUCAAACCAAGGGACUGCCUGAACUUAAACCCCGGACUUGCUAACAACUUGAUCUGUGCCCGCAGCAGAUCCACUGGAGUGCUUGAAAAGGGUGAUAUCGGGGGCCCACUUGUCUGCAACAACAAAGCCUACGGUAUCUUCUCCUAUCGGUAUGGCAAUUGGCCUGGUUUCUACACAAACAUCGCUGCCUACCUCCCAUGGAUCAACAGUGUCAUGAAGUCAGCAUGAAUCUACUCUCUCCAUGGCUGCUGUCCUGGAAAAUUCAUGUUUCUGGGCCCACCCUCACCUGCUUCCCCCCCCUGCCCCUUCUCCCUGGGAAACAUCUUUCACUGAUCCUCACGGACACAGCAAGGACUUCACUCCGGCAAAGCCAAGGUGUGA